CGGGCCUGAAAGGCGGUGCCUGGCCGGGUUUUCCUUCCGCGCACGUGGGUGACCGAUCCAGGGCAAGAGAGGCCAGCAAAAAGCCAUGGCGGACCCCAGAGCAGAGGCCUCCGCCGCCGAAGCCACGCUAGGGGCCUCCCUAGAGGCCGUGCUGGGCAGCCGGAGCAGCGCCAACCGCGUCUUCGAGAUCCUGGAGCUCCUACAGGCUGAACAGAAGGAGAUUGUCUUGUGCUCCAUCCGGACCUGCAGCCGCCUCUUUGGGGCCUUGCUUGAGCGAGGAGAGCUCUUUGUGGGGAAGCUGCCUCCAGAAGAGCAGUCUCUGCAAGAGGGCUACAGCGCAGAAGACAAAUACAAAAUUUGGAUGCGGCAUCGGUACAACAGUUGCGCCAAUUGUCUGGGAGAGCUGAUGGGCCACAAAUCUUUCCAAGUCCAAGAAUCCGCUCUCUGUACCCUGAUGAAAUUUGUAGAAUUGGAAGCAAAGCACCCUCUGGUUAAGAAUGAAUGGAGAUUUAAUUUCCCACGGGAGCUUUUAAAAUUGGUUGUGGACAGCUUAAUUCCGACAGAAGAGAAUUCUUCGCUCCUUAUUUCUCGCUUCCAAGAAUACUUGGAACACGACGACGUCCGGUUCUUUAUCAUGAAGUCAGUGGCUGAAAACAUCGGCAGUGUUAUGGAGAAGGCCAAAAAGGUGCCACUUCCAGUUUACCAGAAGAACGCAUUUGCCCUCAUUUCAUCUAUUCCCAUGCCGAGCAAAGAGAGCGAGAUGAAAAACUUCCUAGUGAGGAACACCAACCAGGAAGAAUGGAACGUCUCAAAGCUGAAGGAGCACCGGCGGGCUUUUGAGAGGAUGUGGCUCGGAUUUCUCAAGCACAAGCUACCCGGCAGCCUCUACAAAAAAGUGCUGGUAAUACUGCAUGAUUCCAUCCUACCUCAUAUGAAUGAACCAACCCUCAUGAUAGACUUCCUGACGGUCGCCUACGACGUAGGUGGAGCAAUCAGCCUUCUCGCUUUAAAUGGAUUGUUCGUCCUGAUUCUGCAUCACAAUCUGGAAUAUCCGGAUUUUUACAAGAAGCUCUACAGUCUUCUAGACCCAUCCAUCUUCCACGUGAGAUACCGUGCCAGAUUUUUCCGUUCAUUGGAUUUAUUUUUGUCAUCUUCGCACUUGCCAGCGUACCUGGUGGCAGCCUUUGCGAAGCGACUUGCUCGUCUGGCCCUCACAGCACCGCCAGACGGCUUACUGAUAGUCAUCCCCUUCAUCUGCAACCUCUUUCGGAGGCAUCCAUCUUGCAAGGUGCUUAUCCACAGGCCUGAAGGCCCUGCAGAAAUGUCAGAAGAUCCCUACUUGAUGGGCGAAGAAGAGCCUUCGAAAAGCAGAGCUUUGGAGAGCUCCCUCUGGGAGAUACAAACCCUGCAGAGCCAUUACCACCCAGAUGUGGCCAAGGCCGCUGCCGCAAUCAACACGCCACUGUCCGAGAUGGAGGAUGACUUAUCGGAAGUCCUGGAGCUGACUGCCUAUGAGAUCUUUGAUAGGGAUAUAAAAAAGGAAGCUAAAGACAUCCCGCUGGAAUUCCAACAAGUCCGAGGGCUUUUUGGCAAGAAGGAUGAUAUUUUUGCAGAAUAUUUUACGUUGGAAUGAUUUUUUUGAAACAACUUCCCUUGGUGAAAGAUUGUGUAAUAAAGCUUUCCUUUCGUUAUUGAA